AUGGAGGCGGAUGCGGGUUUAGUGCAUGUGACAAACUUCCGCGGUGGCUUGGCGGCUGGUGACGGGGAUGAGGAGCGUCAGUCGGAGGAAGCGGUGGACUUGAAGUUUAUCUUCAAGGAGUUUAUUGAGCGGUUUCGCAUCCACAACGACCAUUUGUACAUGGCGAUGUUGCGGUCAAAUCUUGCGGGUGGUUUGUUCUUUAUGGAGGUGGAGAUGAUGCACAUUCAGCAGUUUAAUGGCACAGUGUUUAACGCCCUCCAUGCUUCUCCCACACGCACACUGCCACUCUGUGAGCAUGCGCUGUGGGAGCUGGCACAUGAGCGGAAGCUGUUUCAGCCCUUCGCCCGCCAGAGCACCAUACAACUGCAAUUGUGCUGGGCCGUGCCACCCACACCGCUCCGUCAACUUGCCCAGGCAUCGGUGGCACGACUGGUAUGUGUCAGCGGGAUUGUGGUGAAGGUUAGUGCCUGUCACGCCCGUUGCGUGCGGGCGGCAAUUCAGUGCACAAGCUGUUUUAGCAAAACAUACAUAAACGGCGGGCGAAGCGUCGAUCUUCCACCUCACUGCCUGGAAAAUGGGGGUCGUGCCAACGGGGCUUCUGGGUUUGGUGCUGCCGCAGGUGGCGGGGGUGGUGCGCAGCGCAAGUGUCGACCAAAUCCCUACACACUGCUGCCAAUGGAGUGCGAGUACGAGGACCAGCAGAUUAUCAAACUGCAGGAGCUUCCGGAGGACGUCCCAACCGGCGAGUUGCCUCGUCAUGUAACGGUCGUGGUAGACCGCUUUCUUGUGGACCGUGUGAGCCCCGGUUCCCGGGUGCAGGUGGCCGGCAUCGUUUCGGUGCAGGAAAGGCGUGGCAACUUGGAGGGUGAUAGGAAAAAGGUAAAGGGCAUACGUGGUGUUGCCGGGCUUCGUGCGCAGUAUCUUCGUUGUGUCGGCCUCAUGUACAUCACAGUUAAAGGAGGCGAGACAGCUGUCCAAAGUGUCAAUCAAAACUUUUCAUCCCGGGUGCGGUCGCAGUCUGUGACUUCGUGGCAGGCGGAAGAUGAGGUUGCCUUCAAACGUUUUGCGGAUCAGGGUCACGUUUACGAGAAACUGGCGCAGAGCAUUGACCCUGCCAUUUUUGGCCUCGAAGAUCUAAAAAGGUCCAUUGUGUGUCUGCUCUUUGGCGGGACACGAAAAAAGCAGGGAAGCAACUACUUGCGUGGUGACAUGAACGUCUUGUUUAUUGGUGAUCCCUCCACCGCCAAAUCGCAGCUCUUGAAGUUCACCGAAAAGGUUGCCCCUAUUGGUAUUUACACCUCCGGAAAGGGCAGCAGUGCUGCGGGGUUGACGGCGUCUGUUAUUUCCAAUGGGAAUGGCGAUUUUGUGCUGGAGGCGGGGUCUAUGGUGCUUGCCGACGGCGGGGUGGUAUGCAUCGAUGAGUUUGACAAGAUGCGGGAGCAGGACCAGGUGGCGAUCCACGAGGCGAUGGAGCAGCAGACUAUCUCCAUUGCCAAGGCAAACCUGACCACGAUGCUGAACAGCCGCACCAGUGUGCUAGCCGCGGCGAACCCGACGCUUGGCAGCUACGACCCGCUGCGGUCGAACGAGGAUCAGAUGGACUUUCAGAGCUCUAUUCUCUCCCGCUUUGAUCUCAUCUUUAAGGUGCUCGACCCCCGCAACCCGGAGAUCGAUAGCCGCCUCGCCCAGCACGUCGUUAACCUGCACAAGGGCGGAAAUGGGCACCACGCAAACACCUCGUCGUCGCCCAUGGUGGAGCGAUCGUUUUUCACCAAGUACAUCUCGUAUGCACGCGCCACACGCCACCCACGCAUCUCGGAAGACGCCAUGUCAGUGUUGCUUGACUUCUACGUGCAUGUUCGUCGAGAGGCACACCAGCAGAUCCUUGAGUCGCUUUCCACCUCCUCCUCCUCCGGGGCAAAAUCGCGGACACCCAUCAUUCAAAUUACCGCCCGUCAGUUGGAAAGCUUAGUGCGCAUCACAGAGUCCAUGGCACGCAUGCGCCUCGACGUGCUCGCCAACCGCGCAGACGCGGAGGAGGCGAUCCGGCUGUUCAAAGUUGCCACCGUCGACGCGAUCAAGAGCGGCGUAACGGAUCAAACGAUGACAGCCGCACAAAGUGAGUUGGUAUUGCGCAUUGAGGAGGCACUGCGUCGACGCGUGGCAUUGGGGGCGACGGUGGAGCAAAAUCGGCUUUUGGCGGAAAUGGCACGUAUGGGGUUUGACACGAAACUUGUGGAGCGUGCCGUGUACGCCAUGGUGAAACGUGAGGAGCUUGAAUGGCGUAAGCAGCGCGCGCUCAUCCAUCGACUGCGGUGA